CAUUCUCUCAAGUCUCAACAAAACCAAAAGUUUUCAAACAAAAGAAUUCUAGGGUGCUCGUUUCAAAUGGCGGAAACCAGAAGUUUGAUAAUUUCUUGUGUGUUCGUUUGCCUUCUCUUCGCCUCGAGUACCGUCAUGUGCACGGUAGAAGGUGAAGAGUGCCACCUUGUUUUAGCAGAUGCUGCACUUGCGGCUGUAGUAAGAACAGUCAAGGGAACUCUUGUGAAACUGGAUACCAAAGGAGUUUGCUCUGGUACAGAAAAGAUAUGUGAUGCGUGGUGCCCCGUACAAGCACAAUUACUUGGUAAAGUAAUCAACGGUGGGAAUAUUGGUAAGUGCAUCUAUCCUGAAGAUGCCCUAAACGGUGGAUAUUGCGCCUGCUGCCAACUGAACUGA